UCGUACACUUCAACCAACAGCUAGCCGCACAUCUUCUAGUUCAGCGGACAUAGAGCCACCCAGCCACUCAGCAAGCCAACAGUAUGGAUUCUUACCUAACCGAAAUCAAACAAAUGCGGAUACCUCGCCCGAAAUAUGAACCCAACGGUAGUCCGCCAAACAACUGGCAUCGACUGGUACGCCCAUACACACCGCCGCGCGACUACCAUUUGCCAAUCAAUGAUAUAAUCACCACUACGAGCACAUUGCCACCAAAUCGCAGCUGCCAAGGUGGAGCGGAGGAGUUUCGACCGACAUUGCAUGAAAAAAUGUGAGCCGCACGAGUUUACUCCUCCACAAUGACACCGCUAUAUACAAUAUAGAUAAAUGCAGACAUACAUAUUCAACCAAACGCAGUGGUAACGAAAAACGGAUUUAAUCUCAAUGUUUUUUUCAUUGAUUUAAUUAAUGAAAUCAAUUGGGGAAAUAUGAAGAAUGCCAAGUGAAGCAGUUAAACGUAANUGAACU